UGAGAGACGGCUGAUUUGAAGAAACCACGUGAUGAAUCAUACUUCCUCUAACAGUUAGGCCUCGACACUCUGCGUCUCUUCUUUUGUGAUCAGUGACACGCAGAGAUGGCGGGUACAAGAAUCACAAACCUCCAGACCGCCGCAAAGCAGCCGCUGCUGAUUCAGCCUCCGCAGCCUCCGCAGCGCAGCACAGCAACACAGGGAGCUGUGCAGCUGCGCAUUAAGAGCUCCCAGAGUUCUGGAGACCGCCUGAGUCAGUCCAAGUCCAUGGUGCUACAGGAAUCCGACCUUCCUCAGAAACCUAUCUCUCGGCAUCGAAGGAAUCAGUCUCAGCACAGCGUCUUCGUCGCAGGAGGAGGAGGAGGUGCAGGUUUUGAACCAUCGGUGGAUUUGAAAGGUGAACACCUGAAUGUGGCUAAAAUCUCAGAGAGCGGUAAGAAGCAGCGGAAGAACUGGACGUUGAUGUGGACUGUGCUGACCUCAGACCAGCUGCUAUUUUAUAAAGAGAGACAACAAGAAACUAGUCAGAAACCAGGAAGUAAGACUGAUGUGGUUCCGCUGUGUGGAGCUGUGAUCGAGUGGACGACGGAGAAGUCGAGCAAGAAAAACGUCUUCCACAUCACAGCAAACACAGGAAGCGAGUACCUCCUCCAGGCCGACAGCUACUCCACCGCCAGUAAAUGGCACGACGCCAUCAGGAAGGCCGUCGACUCUUCAACUAAAGCAGACGGAGGUUUUCCUCUGCGGAGGUCAAACAGCACAGAGUACCUGCCCAGGCACAGCUCCCUACCUGGAUAUGGCUCCGCCUCCGCCUCCGCCUCCACCAACACCAAACAACACAACAUAGUUCACCGGCGCUCCAUCAACGUGUUCGGCAGCUCCAAGCUGAAACACAGCGCCUCCGACAGCGCUGACAAGAACGGAGUGAAGAACAGACUGAAGAAGUUUAUCAUCAGGCGUCCGUCCAUGAAGACUCUGCAGGAGAAAGGCCUCAUCAAAGAUCGAGUUUUCGGCUGCCAUCUGUUGACUCUCUGCGAGCGUGAAGGAACCACGGUGCCGAAGUUUGUUCAGAUCUGUCUGGACGCUGUUGACAAGCGAGGUCUGGAUGCUGACGGGAUCUACAGAGUCAGUGGAAAUCUGGCCACGAUCCAGAAACUUCGCUUUAUCGUUGAUCAAGAGGAGGACCUGGACCUGGACCAUAGUCAGUGGGAGGACGUCCACGUCGUCACCGGAGCUCUCAAGAUGUUUUUCCGCGAGCUGCCCGAGCCGCUGUUCCCCUUCAGGUUCUUCCAGCCCUUCGUAGAGGCCAUCAAGAUGAAAGAAUCCAAACAAAAAGUUCAGGCAGUGAAGAAACUGAUUCAGGAGCUGCCCAGACCCAACCAGGACACCAUGAAGCUGCUGUUCAGCCACCUGCACAGAGUCCUGGCCUUUUCCAAAAAGAACCUGAUGUCCACUCAGGGCAUCGGCAUCGUGUUCGGCCCUACGCUGAUGUGGCCCGAACUGGACGCAGGAAACAUGGCGUUCAACAUGGUCUACCAGAACCAGAUCGUGGAGUUCAUUCUCUGCGAGUGCGAAGAAAUCUUCAACCUGGGCAAGAAGUAAAGUGUCCUGAGGUGGACCUGAUUUCCUGACGGACUCAUAUAUACUCUAAAGCUAAAAAUGAUAAGAGACAACAGAAACUGGACUGUAAGAAAUAAACUGAUGGUGUCUGAUCCCAACAAAGUUUGCAGAGGAUCGUUUCUUAAAUAAAUGAAUAUCUCAGUG